AUUCAUAUUUUAUACAUUCGCCUAGCAAGUAAUACCCCAACUGAAACGUAAGAGGUCAGCAAACUCCUGCUUGGGAAAAAUCUAUAAGUGAGCCAGCAAAAAAAAAAUUAAAAUAGACAGAGAAAAACUCCCCAAAAAGAAGUAGAAUUUUCUUUUUCCAAAAAUUUCAAUUUUCCCCCAGGAGGUAAAGAAGUUUUUGGAAAAAAGAAGAAAGUUGUGCAAUUUUAAGAGAAAAGUUUAAGAAGAAUUUAGAGAGAAAAAAAAAAAAAACAACAACUAAAACAACAUGUCACCCAAUCCCCACUCACCAUUGCCCCAGGCAACUAUGUCAUCUGGUGAUUUUGGCAAUCCCUUGCGUAAAUUCAAGCUGGUAUUCCUGGGGGAGCAGAGUGUUGGUAAGACCUCGCUAAUAACUCGUUUCAUGUACGACUCGUUCGACAACACCUAUCAGGCCACGAUUGGUAUUGAUUUUCUCUCGAAGACCAUGUAUCUGGAGGAUCGCACUGUGCGUCUUCAGUUGUGGGAUACUGCAGGUCAGGAACGUUUUCGCUCGCUGAUACCGUCGUACAUACGCGACUCUACAGUGGCUGUGGUGGUCUAUGACAUUACCAAUACCAAUUCAUUCUAUCAGACUUCCAAGUGGAUCGAUGAUGUGCGCACCGAAAGGGGUAGUGAUGUCAUAAUCAUGUUGGUUGGAAACAAAACAGAUUUGGCCGACAAGCGUUUGGUCUCCACCGAGGAGGGUGAACGCAAGGCCAAGGAAUUGAAUGUUAUGUUCAUUGAGACCAGUGCCAAGUCGGGUUAUAAUGUCAAGUUGCUGUUCCGCCGUGUGGCUGCCGCCUUGCCGGGCAUGGAUUCGGCUGCGGAUAAUAAGCCCUCGGAUGCCAUGCAGGAUAUACAGUUGGGCCAGCAGAAUGAGCAAAAGGACCCUGAGGGUGGAUGUGCCUGUUAAGCUUGUUGUGGAGCGAAAGUAAGAGCAAAAACAAAAGAAGAACAACAAAGGAAGCAUGGAAAAUCAACAACUUCGUAAAUCAAUUAAGUAAAAAAAAUUAAAUAUUUAUAAAUAUUAUUGUUUCUUUACACAUAUUUGCUGUGAUGAUGAAGAUAUUUUGGAAAAGGAGCUGAAGGAGCAUGAGGAGGAGAAGGAUACUGCAACGAAAAAAAUAGCAUGCCUUUAAUUGGAAAUGAAAUUUGUGGCAUAUCCUGUAAGGAGUUAUUUAUGAAAUUUGUUUUACACUGGCAGUAGUCUCCAAGCUCCGAUUCGGAGUUAAGAGAGUAAAAAACAAACACUGGGAAUAUUUAAGAACACUAGUUGUCAAAAAGAAAAAAUCAAGAA